CCCGCGCCGCGCAUCCGGGGGUGCGGCGGGAACUGCCGCUGGAGCGAGGGGGAGCUACCGCUGGAGCUGCCGGGGCUGCCGGGGAGCUACCGCUGGAGCAUCCGGGGCUGCGGGGGGAGCUACCGCGGGAGCGGCGGGAAGCACCGCUCCCCGCUGGAGCAUCCGGGGCUGCGGCGGGAACUACCGCUCCCGGGGACCCCGGCGCCCCACGGGGCGCAGCAUGGAGAGCCCCGCGGUGACCUUCACGCUUGCCUAUCUGGUGUUCGCCGUGUGCUUCGUGUUCCCGCCCGACGAGGUGCGCUCGGCGGGGCUGACGGUGCAGAGCCUGCUGUCCGCCUGGCUGGGCAGCGAGGACGCGGCCUUCGUGCAGUACCACCUGCGGCGCAGCACCGGCACGCUGCUGGCGCACUCCCUGCUGCCGCUCGGUUAUUACCUUGGUAUGUGCUUUGCUGCACCUGAAAAACAUCUUUGUUUUUUCUACCUGGCUUCAAAAGAGUGGAAAACUUUCUUCUUCUUCUCCGUUCUCCUCCCAGCAAUCACCAGUGGCCUGGCAUAUUACUGGUCACGGAAGGGUUGGAAUAAUCAUCCGCUAGCCCGGACACUCGCUGUUCACGCCCUCCCCCAGUCAGGCUGGAGGGCAGUAGCGUCUUCCAUCAACACAGAAUUUAGGAGAAUUGACAAAUUCGCUACUGGAGCGCCAGGAGCGAGGGUGAUUGUUACGGACACGUGGGUGAUUAAAGUGACCACCUACUGUUUACAUGUUGCCCAGCAGCAGGACAUUCACUUGACGGUGACAGACUCCAGACAGCACGAGCUCACCCCAGACUCCAACGUGCCUGUGCAGUUCCUCACCAUCCGAGUUGCCAGUGUUAAUCCCUACGUCAAGGCAUUUGAUAUCCGGUUGAACUCCACAGAGUAUGGGGAGCUCCGGGAGAAGCUCCGUGCUCCUAUCAGCAAUGCAGCUAAUGUUGUGAUCCAUCAAAGCCUUAGUGAUUUAUUUUUAGAAACCUUUACAUCUCUGGUGGAAAUAAACCAGACAUACCAUGUUCCAAGCACUCAGGAGCUGGAGCCAUGCAUAGGGUGUAUGCAGACUAUUGCCAACAUCAAGCUCAUCAAGAACUGCCAGGAGCCCAACGAGGGGGAAUGCCAGCAGUGCUACUGCCGGCCCAUGUGGUGCCUCACCUGCAUGGGCAAGUGGUUUGCCAGCAGACAGGACCAGCAGCACCCAGAGACCUGGCUGUCGAGCCAAGUGCCUUGCCCGACUUGCCGAGCCAAAUUUUGCAUUCUAGAUGUUUGCCUAAUACGAUGAGUAGUAACUUGGGUAUGUUUUAACUUUUUCAAUUUUACUGUGUUUCAUAGUGGGUUUGGUUAAAGGCCUGCUAGAUCUGUUUCUGAGACUUCAUGUUCGACCAGAGUACAAACUCUAAAGGCUUCUUUCACAGUGUUGAAAACAGAUGUAAAUCUUUUCAGUUCCUUUCCACUUUUACCUUAUCUGUGGAUUUUACUCACCUAAUGUCAGCUUCUGGACUUUAAUUUUGUUUAAACACCUGUUUUCCUUUCUUACAUUUUGGAUGGAAUAAGGUUAUCCUUCUAUAUUUACAGUAAUGUUGUUUUUUUCAGGUUUUAACGUAGGUUAAAUUCUUUAUAUUUUUAAAUUUAACUUGGGUUUUGAUUCUUCAAUAAAGGGCUAA